AUGAGGCCAGAACUCGUCCUGGUCCUGAGCCUGCUGCAGCUGGUCGGGGCGGCUUUCCCUGACGACUCAGAGCCCAUCAGCAUCUCCCACGGCAACUAUACGAAGCAGUACCCGGCCUUCGUCGGACAUAAACCAGGACGAAACAACACGCAGCGGCACAAACUGGACAUUCAGCUCAUCAUGAUCAUGGACAGAACCUUGUACAUCGCAGCAAGGGACCACAUAUACACAGUGGACACGGACACUGGCCACGCUGAUGAGAUCUUUUUCAGUAAGAAGCUGACGUGGAAGUCCAGACAGGCCGACGUGGACACAUGCAGAAUGAAGGGGAAGCAUAAGGACGAGUGCCAUAACUUUAUCAAAGUCCUGCUGCAGCAGAAUGACGACACUCUCUUUGUGUGUGGGACCAACGCCUUCAACCCGUCCUGCAGGACCUACACGAUGGACAGCCUGGAGGCCAUCGGGGAGGAGAUCAGCGGCAUGGCGAGAUGUCCGUACGACGCCAAGCACGCCAACGUUGCCCUCUUUGCCAAUGGCAAGCUGUACUCCGCCACCGUAACGGACUUCCUGGCGAUCGAUGCGGUCAUCUAUCGUAGCCUAGGAGACAGCCCGACUCUCCGCACUGUCAAGCACGACUCCAAAUGGCUGAAAGAGCCCUACUUUGUACAAGCAGUCAAUUACGGAGACUUUAUCUACUUCUUCUUUCGAGAGAUUGCCAUGGAGUACAACACCAUGGGAAAGGUGGUGUUUCCCCGUGUGGCCAGAGUGUGUAAGAACGACCGCGGCGGCUCGCCUCGGGUCCUGGAGAAACAGUGGACAUCGUUCUUGAAGGCCCGACUCAACUGCUCCAUCCCUGGAGACUCACACUUCUACUUCAACAUCCUGCAGGCUGUGACCGACGUCAUCCGCAUCAACGGGAGAGAUGUGGUCAUGGCCACUUUCUCUACUCCCUACAACAGUAUUCCAGGCUCAGCUGUCUGCGCCUACGACAUGGCGGAGGUGGCCAACACGUUCACGGGCCGUUUCAAAGAGCAGAAAUCCCCCGACUCCACCUGGACGCCUUUUCCUGAAGACAAGGUUCCCAAGCCAAGGUACAUGGGAUAA